AUGAGCCACAUAUUGGUGCUUCUCUUCACACUUGCGUUGACUGCUGCUGCUGGUGUCAUUAACAACAGCACAAAUGGGUCUCAGCCCCACAGGCUGCUCAUAGGCUUCCAGGCUCCCUGGAACAUGUCCUUCCCCUUCAGCGCCCUGCGGCUGGGCUCGGCCAUACAGAUAGCCGUGGAGAAGGUGAACACAAAUCCCUCCUUCCUGGGGAACUACAGUCUGAAUUUUGUGUACACAGAUACAGACUGUAAUCCCAAAGUUUCCCUGGGAGGAUUCAUUCAGCAGGUGUGGGAAGAAAACGUGUCCGCACUCUUUGGUCCAGCGUGUCCCGGAGAGGCCGAGGUUACUGGUCUCAUUGCAUCAACAUGGAACAUCCCUAUGUUCGGGUUUGUGGGACAAUCCUCCAAGAUGGACAACAGCGAUAUCUACAACUCCUACAUCAAAGUUGUGCCCCCUCUUAAAAGAAGCUCAGAGGUCCUGGUGAAGACACUGGAGUUCUUCGGGUGGAGUCACGUGGCGAUGAUCGGAGGGGGACUAGACUCAAACACCUGGGACAAAGUGGACGCUUUGUGGAAAACGAUUGAGAAUCCGCUGAGAGCUAAAUUCAAACUGACUGCGGCCGUCCAGUUUGACACCAGCAACCCUCAUCUCAUUUAUCGAAAUGUUAAGUACAUCUCAACAGUCGCCAGAGUGAUUGUGGUGCUAACAAACCGAGAGGACUCGAUGGCUCUGUUGCUGGAGGCCGAGCGACAGGGUCUGAUGAAUGGCGACUACGUCUUCUUCCUGGUGCAGCAUUUUGAAGAUAACUUGUGGAAAUAUGCCCUGAACAGCACGGAAAGCCAAGAGUCCAUGAGAGCUUUCGACAUGGCCUUUAUCAUUGGGCAGAAAUCCUACAAUGGCUACGAGUAUUACGACUUCUUUGAGCAAGUUUUUAAAAGGCUGAAAGGGCACCCGUUUAGGAGCAACCUGACAUCUGAAAGAGAGGUGAGCCCCUACUCUGCCUACCUGCAUGACGCGGUGCUUCUUUACGCAAUGGGGCUGAAGGAGGUCCUCAAAGAUGGGAAAGACCCUCACGAUGGAUGGGAGGUGCUACAGAGGCUGAAAAAUAAAAACAACAUUCGAUUUCAUGGUGCCUCUGGACUAGUCCACUUUGACCAGGAGGGGGAGAGAAAUCUGGACUAUUCCAUUUUUGACCUGCAGCAUUCGGGAGACAACACCAAGUUCGUGCCCAUUCUCCAUUUUGACAGUCACAGCAAAGCUAUCCGGCCAACAUCUAUGUUUGCUUCUGUGGUUUGGCCCAGAGGACAACCUCCUUCUGAUAAACCAGAAUGUGGUUUCAACAACGAACUCUGUGAAUGGCUGAUCAAUGACAUCGCCCUGCUGGCCCUGCUUGUGACCUUCCCCGUCGUUGGUGUGCUUGCAGUUUUGUGCAUCGGGGUCCUCAUUCUGCAGAAGUUCCGACUCCAGACGAGGCUCGAUGACUCCUGCUGGUGGCUCAUCAACUACAGCGACAUCACCAUCAUCAGGGAGCCCUCAGGAAUUCAGGGCUUAUCUAUAAGCACCACGGGCAGUCAGAGUGGGAGCGGGGGCUCUCAGUCCACUUUCUCUAACAACAGCUAUGGCCUGAGGGACAAGACAGGGAGAGAAAACGUCUACACCACCAUAGGUCUCUACCAGGGCAAUCAAGUGGCCAUCAAGUACAUCAAGAACUAUGUUAGCUGUAAUUUCCAGAAGCCUUCAAUUAUCACAGAGUUCAGUAAGAUGAAAGAGAUGAAACAUGAGAACUUGGUGCAGUUCUUUGGUGUGUGCAUCGAGCCACCAAAUGUGUGUUUGGUCAUCCAGUACUGCAAGAAAGGCAGUCUGAAGGAUGUUUUAAAGGCUUCAGAUGUUGAGCUGGAUGGGAUGUUUAAACUCUCUUUUGCUUAUGACAUUGUAAAUGGAAUGGAGUUCAUUCACAAGAGUAGCCUGAAAUUCCAUGGGAACCUGAAGCCCAGCACAUGUCUGGUGGAUAGUCGACUCCAGAUCAAACUCUCUGGCUUCGGACUGUGGGAGUUUAAAAACAAGGUCAUCCCACUGGAAAACCCCAAUUAUGAAGAGAUGUACUGGACAGCCCCCGAACUCUUGAGACAAGUCGGUCUCCGGGUCACUGGGACGGCCAAAGGUGAUGUCUACAGCUUUGCCAUCAUCAUGUGGGAGCUCAUGUACAACUUUAAAGCUGGCCCAUACCAUGACAUCGACCUGGAGCCCAAAGAGAUUAUCAUGCAGUUGCGGAUGCCUUUCCAAGGGGAACCCCUCCGACCAGUGCUGUGUGAGCAGCAGUGUGAUGAUAACAUCAACUCACUGCUGAGGGCCUGCUGGAGUGAAAACCCUGACCACCGACCACCGUUUGGGUCAAUACGGAGACAGCUGAAGGACACCAGCCCAGACAGCCAUGCAAAUAUACUGGAUAAUAUGGUGGAUAAGUUGGAGAAAUAUGCAAAUCACUUGGAGGAGGUGGUGGAGGAGAGGACCAAUCAGCUCACAGCAGAGAAGGCCCGUGCAGACAAGCUUCUCUCCAGCAUGUUACCAAGGUACAUUGCAGAUCAGCUGAUGGCAGGGAAGUCGGUGGAGCCGCGGAGCUACGAGAUGGUGACCAUUUUCUUCUCCGACAUCGUGGGUUUCACCUCCAUGUGCUCUGUUAGCUCUGCGAUGGAGGUGGUCACAUUCCUCAAUGACCUCUACAGUCUCUUUGACGACAUAAUCAAGCUGUACGAUGUCUACAAAGUGGAGACAAUUGGAGAUGCAUAUAUGGUAGCCAGUGGUCUACCCAUCAGCAACGGCAAUAAGCACGCUUUGGAGAUAUCCACAAUGGCUCUGCAUUUCCUGAGUGCCAUUAAGGUCUUCAGAAUCCGCCAUAUGCCUACUGAGAGUCUUGCAAUUCGCAUCGGGAUACACUCUGGUCCAGUGGUCGCUGGAGUAGUGGGCACCACUAUGCCUCGCUACUGUCUGUUUGGAGACACGGUGAACAUGGCCUCUCGGAUGGAAAGUAACAGCCUACCCCUGAAGAUUCACAUAUCUCAGAGCACUGCAGACAUCCUUGUCCAGGCUGGAUCAUUUGAACUGGAGGAAAGAGGAGAAAUCGAAAUGAAGGGUAAAGGGUGUCAUAAGACCUACUGGUUGCUGAGCAAAAAUGUAUUUAAUCCUCCUCUUAUUGCUCACAGCUCUCCGCCAGCUGACGGUCUCAAACUGCAAGCAGAGAAACCAGGAGUGGCCAGAGCUUCUGAGAAAAAGGCCCAUCAAACCCAGACCAAAGCUAACACGAGUGAUGCCAUGAUUACUACAGUGAACAUUUAAAGAACAAGUGGAUAUUCUGACCAUGUUUUGGAUAAAUUAGCGGGAAUAUCUGGAAAUGACAAUUCCAUAGGUCUCACAGAAAAGCCAUGUAAAACAAGUUUGUUUCUCCGCUUGUGAAGAGGAGGAGUGGAGACAAAGUGUGGACCAAGACUGGAGUGAAAAUGCAAACUGACGAUGUGAGAAUCAUUUACAGCCUGGAUUACAACAUUUGUGCUUUCAAACUCCUGAUAAAGGAGGCUGAAGAUACUUUUUAAUCUUAAUUCUUUGUGAUUUGACCACGAACGAGAUGCACCCUGUCGCAAACUGUUCAUUGUAGCAUAUUUUUUUGUGCAAUGACUUGACUAAAUGAUUUUUAAUGACAUUUUAUGUUAGGUAACCCAAAAGCACAGACCUUCAAGCAAUUUUGAUGGCGCUUGUGAUAACAUCCAUCAUCUAGCUGAUCACAGUUUGGAAACCAUAAACAAGGAAUUGACGUGUUUUUAUUAUUGUGUCAUAUAAUUAUGGCCAAAACGCCACAAAUUCAUAUAAGCCAGAACCAAAGCCAGAUAGAUACAUUUACAUUCUUCAACCAAUACUAUUAAAAAAAAAAACUUCUAAAAGUAGAAAACCAACUUUCACAAUUAUGUGUUUGGUUUGGGACAAAAUUCAUUCAGGAAAAAUCACUGACUAUAUUACUCUGGACAAUUCAGAGAAAGUGAAAUUGUCCAUCUUGCCUUCAAUUCCAGGCUUUUGAGACAAAGUUAGCAAACAUAAACACCUCAAAAUUAAAUAACCAUUCCCCCUUUUUUAUGUUCUUUACACCAGUAUGUUUUUUUUCUCAACAACUGUCCUCUAUGAUAACCUCCACACCUCCCUGACCUAUGUUGUUAGAUCGAGGGGUAUAAGGGUGAAAUUAAUCAGACUUCAACCACUUAAAUCCAAACAAACCCCUCCUACUGCAAUGUUGUCCUGCUGGCUUCAAGUGCCGUUUUAUUUGAUGAGCAGCUGGACACAUUUAUGUAAGAGAUGAGAGGAGUUUUUUUUUAAUAUAAAAAUAUAAAAAAUAUAUACAAUACUCAAAAAUGAUUGUUUUGGCACAUCUUAAGCAUGUAACAAGAGAUGAAUGAAUAAUGAGCACAGGAACGCAGGAUUAGAGGUUUAAAUAUGUAUUUUUCAUUUCAUUUCACUGCCUUUAAACCAGCAACCACAUAAUACUGUAUUCACCUGCCCCUGAUUUCCAAGAAAAUAUUUUGCAAAACUGUUUUUCUUGCACUUUGUAUUUAAGUCAGAGAUCAGACAGCCUCAAUCACGGCUUUAUAUUUUGAAAUAAAAAUAAUUGACCUGAUAAAAAUGUACGAAAAUCUGUUACUCCGGUGAAUUGGUAACAACGGCAUUUAUAAUGUGUUUUCAUUUCGUUUUCAGGGCCGAUCACUGCUUUUAAUCCCAAUAUGGCUUGAGGAGUGAAUAAAGCAAAUAUUUUCAAAAAUGGUUAUCUAUAUAUUACCAUAUAUCCAUAAACACUAUUGUCACACAUUCACAAUUGUUCUAGGUAGUAUCAUUGGAAUAGAAGAAAUAUCAAAGUACGUUAAGCUUACUUUGUUAUGUUUAUUGUGUUGCUGUCAUGUCGAGACUUUGGUUUUAGCUUUUUGACUGAAUAAAACAGUUUAUUUAUUUACUACAUUGCGAGUGUAGCAGAAUUUACUGAAAUGUAUGUGUGAAAUUUCUGAAUCACUGUUAAACUGGAUUUUGUGAGAGGUCAUGAAGGUCAAUGCAGCCUCUGAUGCCGCCAACUGAUAAGCGGAUUCUUUGAUGUGUAGAGUCCUUUUCCUGGGCCCAGAAUAAAUAAAUUCAUUAGGACAACGCAGACUGACCAGAUAGUGUGUUUCUUUAUUCAUCUGCGAGGACUCCCGGAAGUUUUUUUAAAGGUUUGUGCA